AAUCACAGUAAUCAAUUACAAGCUUGAUACGAAAUGCUCCAGCAUGGCCCGCAAUCCAAUGACUGAAAUUAGUAAUACAAUGAAAGAGCGGUUAGAAUGUGCAAUGUUACAUACUUAAAUUGCUCCGUACAAUAAUUCUACCUUUGUUUCUAGUUGGACAACUAUUCUUCAGGAAACUAACAGAAUUAAGUGACAAGUAUGUUGUUAUUGGGACUUGCUACUCCAAAGAUGAACCUCAACUUUAUAAAUUCGAUUUGAAAACGGCAGCAAAGGACCCAGCAUAUGUGGAUCUGCUUUUGGAUGCCUGCAAACCCCAUGUGGUCAUUGUAUGUGGGGCCAUGACCAAUGUAAACUUGUGCGAAUCGGAAACAGAGUUGGCUUAUCUUAUUAACCGAGACAGUAUUGAACAGUUAGGGAAACAAACCAAAAAGCAUGGUGCCAAGUUGAUCUUCUUCUCAACCAAUUAUAUCUUCAGUGACCCUCUCAAACCAGAUUUACCCCAAGACAGAAUCGAUAUGUUAGCUAAUGAUGUUGGUAUAAAGGAAGAUGCACGUCCCAACUGUGUGAACAUCUAUGGUAAAUCUAAGCUGGAUUCUGAGAAAGUAUUCCAAGAUAAUGACACUAAUGUUUUAAUUAUACGCACUUCGGGUGUAUAUGGACAUGAUAGCAGAAAAAGGAAUUUUGUGUACCAAGUUAUAGGGAAUCUUCUGGCUGGGAAUAAGAUGACGCUGCUUACAGAUGAAAUCCAAUGUCCAGUUUACAGUGAGGAUUUGUGUAGGGCCACACUUGAGCUGAUGGAGAAAAACUGUUCAGGAAUCUACCACGUUGUAGGACCAGAGGCAUUCAACAAAUACACAUUUGGUGUGAAGAUUGCUGAACUCUUCAAUGUUGAUACUUCAUUGUUAGUUCCAAUGUCAUCAGAAGAACUCAAAUUACCUGCCAAAAGGCCGUAUUUUGCAGCAUUGUCCACAGCAAAAUUUCGCAAAGAAUUCCCAGAAUUCAAGUUCCAUAAUGUAUCUGCCGCUGUUGAGGAUUGGCAAACUAAACAAAUGAAGGGUAGAAAUAUCUUGUCUGAUUUCUAAUAAGUCCUUUAAAGAGAAAGGAAAUAAAGAUAUAUUGAUGAAUAUUAAUGAAAUGAAACUUGAUACUUCAUUUGAAGCAGUUUUUCAGGGUACUUUGUAUUAUAUAUAAGGGUGUGUGGAAAAGUUCCCGGCUUUAAGGUUACUGGGAAAGGCCUGGUUAGAGGUCUAACCUUCCGAUGCCUUUUAUAAUGCCAAGAACUUUUCAGCACCCCCUUGUAUUUUGGGGAGAUUCAGUGGUACACAUAUCCAAGAUGUGCAAGUUAUUUGUUUACAAGGUCACUUUAAAAAAAAAUCAUUUAAUUGGGGUUUGUUAGAAAUGAGGUCAUGAGAGGAUUGGCAUAACAAUCAAAUGUGAUUGAUAUGAGAGGAAAAAUUAUAUCCAUUGCCAAAGAAUUUCCCAUUUCUGUCCAUCCCAGUAUUCUUAAUGUUAAGUCACGCAUAACAAUACAGAGAAUAGAGUUACCAGAUAUAGAAGCCUGUCAUAUAUGUAUGUAUGUGUGUAUGUAUGUAUGCAUGUAUGUACUUGUGUGUGUGUUUGUGUUUGUCCUCCCACCAUCACUUAUAUCAUUUAUAAAAGCAGACAUGGGCAGUCUGCAGUGAGCAGAACCUUCUGAACAGCAUGGCUAAUGAAAAAUUAUUUCAAAUUUUUCAGUAGUAUGGCCCAUCUCAUGAUGUGCCAUAUCUCCUGUUGCCUGCUUCUCAUAAAAGCUUGCCCAUGCCUGAUAAAGGGUCAUUUAUAAAAAGGUCAUUUAUAUUAUAAUUAAAAUUACAAUUUUAUAGUAUGCAAUUAUUUGUAUACAUAUGCCAUGGGUAUAUGGCGUAGUGGUUAACAGUGCGAGCUACUAACCCCAAGAUUCUGAGUUCGAUUCCAAGCAGUAACCUGAAUAAUAAUACCUUUGGAAUGAGAACCCAGGUUUGAAAUUUCUCCAAGACACCUGAUGGAGGACUGACAUCCUGUAUUUUCUUUUACUGAAAGCCAGAAACUUUUCAGCACACCCUCAUAUACAAAGCUAUUUGUAUACAAAUUCACAAUUUUAAAGAAGUGCAUUUAUAUUCUAAUUUGGUUUUCCCAAUCUUUGGUUUUUUGUUUCCAUGGAUUAAAAUAAUUAAAUAAGUAAA